CGUCCACGCCGCACGGACCACCCUCGCCUGGGCCGCCCUCACCGCGGGCACGCACCGCGCCAGGAUGCAGGACUUGUUUGGCUUCCUCGUCAUGGCCUGGGCGGGCAACACCGCCCUCUCCCUUCUCCUCGCCCGCCCCCCCGCCUGGCUCAGCUCCCCCACCCCCUGGCUCGUCUACCCCCCCGUCUACCUCCUCCUCGUCCCCACCGGCCUUGCCGCCCGCGCAGUCCACCGUCUCCCCCCGGUGCUCAUAGACACCCUGGCCGCCGCCGUCGACGCCCUCUCCAGGGGCGCCGCCAUCGCGUCUAUCGGCCCCAUGGCCCACGCCAGCGGCAAGUUUCCCGCCCACCCCACCGGCCAGCGCGCAGAGAUAUCCCCAUGGACGUACGCCAUCCUCAGCGCACUCGCAGUCUCCGCCGGCGGCUUCCUCGUCUCGCUGUUCAGCCUCCACGAACCGGCCUACCGCCUCGCGGUGCCCAGUGUUUUCAGGCGGGGGGCAGGCGCGUGGGCCACGAUGGAUGUCUGGGCAGCCGGCCUCGCCGGGCUGGGGUACUGGGCGAUGGUGACGCUGCGCGUGGAGGAUGUGCAGCAACGGUUUGGCGUGGCGGCCAGUAUGGCGAACGGCGAGGCGCCGCUGAUGCAUAGCCUGGCGGCAAGAACGGUGUGUGUGCUCUUCUUGGGAAGCGUCCUCGUCCUUCGCGCGGUCCGCUGCUCGUAUCGAGGGGCAAGGAAAAAGGUCACGGAAUGAUUGAACACUGGCGCUCGAGGGUUAUUAUACAUGUUCAUGAUGCAAAAGAUGACAC